UAAUAAUUGGGAGUUCUAAAACCUAGAUUCACGGCUCAAAAGAAAAAAUCUUCGUUUCCCGGCUUCUGAGCUCUGCUCUUUUAUCUCCACCGCCUCCCCUCCUCACCUCACCCCCAACUCCACCAUCUCCUCAAUGCAGCGCAUCCUCAGCGCCUCCGUCCUCUCUUCCCUCCGCGCGACCGCCCUCCGUCGCGCCGGCGCCUGCCCGGCCGUUCCGCACGCAGGCGUCCCCGCGGCUGUGGUGCUGCGCUCGGUGUUGAGCAGUGUUCGCGACUACAGCUUCGGUCGCAACAAUCCCGGUCUCUCUAGCAUCGACGGCUACGAGACUGAGUUUGAAGAGAUUCAGGAGGAUGCACCGGAGCCUUGGCAGAAGGAGUCGAAUGAUCAGUAUGCCGAACGGCUUAAGAAUUCUCGCUGUUUUCUUUGCAAUGAAUACGGUCAUAUUGCCCGUGCAUGCCCGACCAACCCCGUGAACGGCGACAACAGCCGUCUUCCCGGCGGCCGCGAGCCGCGCUGCUACAACUGCGGCGAGAUUGGCCAUAUUUCGCCGGAAUGCGAUAAACCGCGCCGCGACCGAACGCUCCUGAUCUGCUACAACUGCGGCGAGGACGGCCACACUUCGUCCGCGUGCCCGCACCCGCG